AAAAUUAUGCCCCUUUAGCUUAGUGGUAGAGCGUUGCACUUGUAAUGCAAAGGUCGCUAGUUCAAUUCUGGCAGGGGGCAAUUCGUUAAAUGUUUGUUCCGUAAUUUUUUUUUUUAUAACUACCUAAUUCGAAUCGUCUAUUCAAUAUUUUAUUAGAUAGUCUAACUAUACUUUAUCAUAUUAAUUGAUUGGCAUAAUCAUUGUAGACAUUCCUAUUAAUUAUAUGGUAAACUAUCUUGCAUUUGCUGUAAAUUGAUAUCAGAUCAGAUCGCCACUAAGACCAAACCAAAAAAAACAAAAACAAAAACAAUCGUACAAUUCUAAAUUUUUUUUUACAGCAUCCCAUGAAUCAAUCCUUAAUUUGAUCAAUUAAUCAUAUAUUACCAUAAUCAAAUGUAUAGAUCCUUAAUACAACCAGGAAGAGGAGGAGGGUCUAUCAUACCCUCACGAAUAUUAUCAUCUUCCAAAUUGAUGCUUUCAAAAUCAUUAACCCCUUCCUCAUAUUUACUUCAUCCUACAAAAUCAAGAUUAUAUCAUGUUUUAUUAUCAAAUAGCACAUCACCAUUACGUACAUCAUCUAAUAAUCUCAUCCCAUCCAUCCAUCAUCCAUCCCAUAAUAUCAUAUCAAAACGAAAUAUAGGAUUCAAAAUGCUCUUUAGAAUCACCAAGAUUCCGGCUUAUUUAGGUGGUACUUUGGCAGCAGGUGGAUCGUAUGUUGCUUAUAAAGUGGAACAAGCUUCAACUUAUACUCAAGAUAAAUUAUCUGGUUUCACUGAUUUCUUCGAUAAGACAGGUGAUUUCUUGAAAUCAAUGGUUCCAAAUGGUGAUGGUUCUGGAGCUGGAUCGGAUGGUGGUAGUGGAAGUGGUGGUGGAUCAGGUGGCAAUGGUGAUACUGCUACUGCCGUGGGUGCUACUACUGCUGCAGCAGUAGGCUUAACUCAAGAUGAAGAUGAAGAUAAAGAAGAUGAUGACAAUAACAAUGACGAAGAUGAUGAUGAGACUUUAAUCGAUGAUAAUGAUGACGAUGAUGAUAUAGAUUUUGCUCAUGAUGAAACUAAUGAUGAAAUGCUUAAUUUAACAAGACAAAUGAUUGAAAUCAGAAACUUAUUAUUAACUAUAGAUCAUGAUGGGUUAAGAUUACCUUCUAUAGUAGUGAUUGGUUCCCAAUCAUCCGGUAAGUCAUCAGUAUUAGAAAGUAUUGUCGGUCAUGAAUUCUUACCAAAGGGUUCAAAUAUGGUUACUAGAAGACCCAUUGAAUUAACUUUAAUCAAUAGUCCUGAAUCUGCUGCUGAUGUAGCCGAAUUCCCUGCUUUGAAAAUGUAUAAUUUAACUGAUUUUGAACAAGUUCAAAAGAUUUUAUUUGAUUUGAAUAUGGCCGUUCCUGAACAUGAAUGUAUUUCAAAUGAUCCUAUUCAAAUUACUAUUAAAUCUCCCAGAGUUCCUGAUUUAUCAUUGGUCGAUUUACCCGGUUAUAUCCAAGUGGAAGCGGCUGAUCAACCACUUGAAUUAAAACAAAAAAUUCGUAAAUUAUGUGAUAGAUAUUUAGAAGCUCCAAAUAUUAUCUUAGCUAUAUCAGCUGCUGAUGUCGAUUUAGCUAAUUCAGCCGCUUUAAGAGCGUCAAGACUCGCUGAUCCAAGAGGGGAAAGAACUAUUGGAGUAGUUACUAAAAUUGAUUUGGUUGAUCCAAUUCAAGCUACAAAAAUCUUAACUAAUAGAAAAUAUCCUUUAAAAAUGGGUUAUGUGGGUGUUAUUACAAAAACUCCAAAACCUACAAAGACUGGUUCAAGUUUAUUUUCAAGAAAAACUCUUACUGGAGUUCAAGCCUAUAUUGCUCAACAAAAUUUUGAACAUACAUAUUUUAAAGAAAAUAAACCCGAAUUUAGUGGUACUACUACAGGAACUAGAAAUCUUAAACGGAAAUUAAUGAAAGUUUUAGAAAAAUCAAUGGCAGCAUCAUUAGCUCCAACUCAUUUCACUAUUCAACAAGAAUUAGAAGAAGCUUCUUAUCAAUUUAAAGUUCAAUUCAAUGAUCGUUCUUUAACUCCAGAAAUGUAUUUAGCUAAUAAUAUUGAUAUGUUAAAGUUGGCCACUAAGGAAUUAAGCCAUAAUUUUUCAAGACGUGAAUUAAAAGCAUUAUUAAAGAAUGAAUUAGACCAAAAGGUAUUGGAUUUAUUAGCUGAAAGAUAUUGGAAUAAACCAUUUUCAUUAUCAAAGGAUAGUUCACCUAAUUUCGAACCUGAUUUAAGGGAAUUAUCUCAGAUCGCUAAUAUUGAUGAUGAUCUUUAUUGGCAUAAGAAAUUGGAUUUAACUACGGGUUCAUUAACUAAAUUAGGGGUAGGUAGGUUAUCAACUACUUUAGUUACCAAUGCCUUAUUAACUGAAGUUGAAAAUUUAGUUAAUAAUACUCAAUUAAGAAAUCAUCCAAUGGCCAAGAAUGCUGUUAAAGAUGCUGCUAAGAGUGUAUUAGGAACAAAAUUCUUUUCCACAGCCGAUCAAGUUGAAAAUUGUAUUAAACCUUAUAAAUAUGAAAUUGAAAUUGAAGAUCGUGAAUGGCAAUCAAGUAAAGAUAAUGCUGUUACGUUAUUAAAAGAAGAAAUGAGACAAUGUGAUGAAGUUUAUAAUAAUUUAAAGAAACAAAUCGGUGGUAGGAAAUUACAACAAGUGGUUACCUAUUUAGAAAAAUUAAAACAACAACAAAUUCAAUAUCAACAACAACAAGAUAUUGAUUUUAAUUCUCCAGAAACUUUGGGAUUCUCCCCUACAUUGAUUAAACGUGGGGAAGAUGCUAUAUUCUUAAAGGAAAGAUUAUCAUUACUUAAAAUGAGAUAUCAAUUCAUUAAGAAUUCUAAAAAAUGUAAAAAGAAGGAGAAUAAAUAUCAAUGUCCGGAAAUCUUUUUAGAUGCCGUAGCAUCGAAAGUCACAUCCACUUCGAUAUUAUUCUUGAAUGUCGAAUUGUUAAGUGAUUUUUAUUAUAACUUCCCUCGUGAAUUAGAUAUUAAAUUCUUUAAUAAUUUAUCUAAAGAAGAAAUUGAAAAUUUCGCAAAGGAAGAUCCAAAGAUUAAGAAACAUAUUGAAUUACAAGAACGUAAGGAUUUAUUAGAAAACGCCUUGAGUAAGAUCGAAAGUGUCUUAGCUAUCCAAAGAGGUAAGUUAGGAUCCAAUUCAAAUCCAAAUGAUAAAGAUAUACCCAAACAUCAAUCGAUAUUUAAUUGGGGAGCAUAAUGAUUUAGUUCAUACCCUCCUCCCAUAUAAUUAUUAAACUUUUAAACCCUGUACAUAUAUCGUGAUAUUUUUUUAACACCAUACAAUAAUUGCUAUAGUAAAUAUACAUACAAGAACUUUUUUAUUUAUUU